UGAAAAAACAAAAACACAGCCUUCCCAACGGUUACAUUACACCUUUCUCUUUUUCGCUCCUUUUCUUUCUCUUUCUCUUUCAACAUCACCAAAAGACACAACUCAACAAUGCAUACAUCACCAUGUCCCACAAUUUCCUCCCAACCAUUCUCCCAAAUCCUCCGUAGAUCUCGCUCAUCACUCUUUCCAGCUUCAACACACACAAAAAAGCGUUGGAUUGUAUUGUAUACCAUUCUAGAAGAGAGAGAGAAACCAAAACAAAAAGAUACCAUUUUUCUUUCCUUUCACCAUGUUUCUGAUUCUGGGUAUUCUUCCUUUUCCUCUUUGAUUAUAUCAAUUUGUCUCGGAAGCGGUCUCACACCCCGCUUCCGAGCCGCCAAAAUUCCGGGUCACCGGAAUUAUUAUCUUAAAUGGGUUGUGUGAACUCCAAGAAAGCUCUAACAGGAGGAACCAACACGGUUUCUCCUGUUGCACCUUAUGUUUAUGCAACGAGUUCGCGAAAAAGGAGCAAUGGUUCUGGUAGAAGCAUGGUGGUGGAGGCUUGUUCUUCUUCUAGAGGACAUUCUGGUGUUCUUGUGACACAACAACAACAACAACAACAACAACAACAGGCUGACCUGAAAAAACCGGAAGAACGGAAAAAGGGAGAUUUGAAUGUGAAGAUUGGUUUGUCACAUAGGUUUGUUGAAGGUGAACAGGUUGCUGCUGGUUGGCCUUCUUGGCUUACUUCUUUUGCUGGUGAAGCCAUUCAUGGUUUGGUUCCUCUCAAAACUGAUUCUUUUGAGAAACUAGAUAAGGUUGGACAAGGUACAUAUAGCACUGUUUUCAAAGCUCGUGAAGUCGAGACAGGAAAGAUGUUUGCGUUGAAGAAGGUACGACUUGACACACUUCAACCGGAGUGCAUUAGGUUCAUGGCGCGGGAGAUCGUAAUUCUCCGCACACUUGACCACCCUAACAUCAUGAAAUUAGAGGGUAUAGUCACUUCACAAUUAUCAAAUAGUAUAUACCUUGUAUUCGAAUACAUGGAGCAUGAUCUCGCUGGCCUAACAUCUAACCCCGAUAUCAAGUUCACAGAUUCACAGAUUAAGUGUUACAUGAGACAGCUAUUUAGUGGAAUCGAGCACUGUCACCUACGAGGUAUCAUGCACCGAGACAUUAAAGUAUCGAACAUAUUAGUUAACAAUGAAGGAAUUCUAAAAAUCGGAGACUUUGGAUUAGCAAACACCAUUAGCCAAAAUAGCAAACAUCCUUUAACAAGCCGUGUGGUGACUCUAUGGUAUCGUCCUCCUGAGCUUUUGAUGGGAUCAACAAACUAUGGAGUUACAGUCGAUCUCUGGAGCGUAGGGUGUGUGUUUGCCGAACUUUUUCUAGGGAAGCCCAUCCUUAAGGGGAGAACUGAGGUGGAACAAUUGCACAAAAUAUUUAAGCUUUGCGGGUCUCCGCCCGAAGAGUUUUGGAAAAAGAGUAAGCUUCCGCUUGCCACAAUGUUUAAGCCUCAGACGAGUUACGAAAGCUCGCUUGCGGAGAGGUGUAAAGGUCAUAUUCCUCUAUAUGCUGUGAAUCUACUUCAGACCUUACUCUCCAUUGAUCCAUCCAAACGCGGUACGGCCUCUUCCGCGCUUAUGUCAGAGUAUUUCAACACCGCACCGUAUGCUUGUAAUCCAUCACUCCUGCCAAAAUAUCUACCAAGCAAAGAAAUGGAUGCCAAACUUAGGGAUGACAUGCAAAGGAAAAAGAAUGGAGGUAAAGUGCGAGAACGAGAUGCGGUGACGUCUGGAAGGCAAAGACGGGCACAUAAAGCUGUGCAGGAUCCUCACAAUGUCAGCAAACCAGCGAAAGAGGGAAUGCAGAAUACUUCUCUAAACGCUGGUAAAGACGGUAAAGAGGGCGAUGGUAAACCACAUCAUACAAAGGGAAAAGGAGGAGCUACGCACAAAGAGCAACAGAAACAUUUGUAUGAUGCAAAAUCAGACACUGCAGAAAAGAUCAACGGUUACAACGGCUACAGCGCGUACACAGGACCGACACAAGUCUCAGGAUCUAGUGGCUUUACGUGGGUGAAAAGACGAAAACCAGAAGCUUCAUCAAUAUUAUCAGACGGCUCAAGAAGCAAAAUCAGCGCAAUGGAUCCAACCUUUGCGAAAGACACUUAUGAAUUAACGAAACACAGGAUGGACGUUUCAGAAAGGAAACAUAAUAAUCACAAUGCAAGCCAUCGCGACGAGACUUCCAAGUACGCACAACCAAAGUACCCGGGUCGUAAUGUUCAAUCCGGAUCAUUUGAUGUAGCUGAUAUAUACAGUUCCAAUUAUUACAUGGAUUUUGAUCUCGCAGAUAAACCGGAUACUCAUAUAAACGCACAGGACCAUACAAAAUACGGUGAACCUGUGGAGCUAUCAGUACCAACUAUGACCGAAACAAAUAAAAAUGACGAGUUAAAUUGGAACGAAAAUACUAAGUGGCGACAAUCUCUUCGUAAAUCAAGGUUGGGAAGAGACAAAUGAAUAGAGUUAUAAUCGCGUCGACAAAGGGUGCUUGACGUAAACAUUGUCGCGAACGAUGGACUCCAUUUUCGACGAUAUUCAAACUGUAUUAACUUCUGACUUCAGCUCUUUUUUUAAGCUUUGGCCCUAUCCGUCCUUUUGUUCAUAACAAAGUGUUCAUACAUAGGAGCAACAGUGAAAUAUAUAGGAUAAUAUACAGUAACAGUGCCAACAUUGAAGAUGAUAUGAUUAAAGAAAUGCUUUAAUUUUUUUAUGAUAGAUAUUGUGAUUAGUUUAGUACAUAAAGUCUUUAUUUUUAUAUAUUUAUUUUUCUUCA